AACAAAUAAAAAAAUUAUAAAAGCAGUUUCACGAUUCGCCACGUGCGCUCUCGUGCAACUGCACCCUGCAUCUCCUACAGGCAACACCAUCACGAACCCUAUGCCUUCACCAUCCGUCCCCUGCCGAAGAAUAGUCUCAUCACACUGAUCGAUCAAGCUCUUCCUCCAAAAGCAUCUGCUUUCCCCUGCCCGCCACAAACCCUAACCCUAGAAUUUUACAAUUAUUCUAUCCUACUCCCAUGUUGCAGCUGACAAUGAUUUCAAAAAAAAUAUAUAUAUAAAUCAUAAAGCCAGCCAUCGUCACAUCCAUCAUUGCCACAGUAACCAUUCCUUGUUUAAAUAAGCAAUUUACAUACCACUUUCACUCCAUUCAAAUCAUCCCUUAUGGCCGCCGGUACUUUGCUCUUCUUCCUCCUCCUCUCCCUCCUUCCUCAUUCUCUCUCAGACAACCACUCGCCGGCGAUCCCGGCGAAUGAGCUGGUCGCCCUGCUUGAACUCGUCGGCGGCCUCCUAACUGACCAUGGCUGGGCCGAGCUCCACCCGCAUCCAUGCACCGACACCCCAUGGCCGGGAAUCCAAUGUGAGGCCGACGGAAUCAAUGCCGACGUCCUCCAUGUCACCGGAAUCCACGUUGGCGUUGAUGUUUCCUCUUCCCCUCCCUGCAAGCCCUCUGCCUUCCUAUCUCCGUCUGCGCUUCUCCACCUCUCAUUCCUCAAAAGCUUCUCUCUUUUUGGCUGCUUCCUUUACCCUAACAAUGUCUCUCUCCCUGCCUCCUUUUUUAACAACUCAUCUUCUUUGGAGCAACUAAUACUAGAUUCAAACACCGGUCUCGUUGGCGAAAUCCCCUGCUCUGUAUCCAACCUGAAAAGACUCAGAGUGCUCUGCCUCUCACAGAACGCCUUCCAUGGCAAGAUACCACCGGAGAUUGGAAGCUUGGAAAGCUUGCAGGAACUGGAUCUAAGCUGCAAUCGUUUUCAUGGGCAGAUACCAGAUGAGAUCAGCGGGCUGUCAAGCCUCCUCAUAGCCGACUUCUCCUCCAAUGAACUCCAGGGGGAGCUCCCUGCUUCCAUUGGUAGCCUGCAUUCUCUUCAAAAGAUUGAUUUCAGCUUCAAUUCUCUCUCAGGUACAGUUCCUCCAGAGCUCGGAGAAUUGAAAAGACUGGUAUUACUUGAUUUCAGCCAUAAUGACUUAACUGGGCCACUGCCUGCUGCACUCUCUGGCUUGAUCGAAUUGGAGUAUUUUCUUAUGGAAAGCAAUCCACUCAAUUCCAGCAUUCCACUGUUCCUUGCUGAAUUGAAAAAAUUGCAGGUUGUUGGAAUCUCCGAUUGUGGGCUAUUGGGAUCUAUUCCUUCAUUCUUUGCAUCUUUGGUGAGCCUCAAUGCUCUGUCAUUGGAUGGAAACAGACUUAAUGGAUCAGUCCCAGAGAGUUUAGGGUUACUUCCAAACCUGGGUUUGCUCAACCUGAGUCAGAACCAGCUAAGUGGUGAAAUUGGCUUCUCCGAAGAGUUUGUGAGAAAGCUGGGGAAGAGAUUGGAUGUGAGAGAUAACAGGGGUUUGUGUUCAAGCUCUCAUAAAUACCAUGAAGAUUCCUACAAUCUCGAAUGUCCUCCUUGCUUGGGUUCGACUAUUAACAAUGGCAGCAAUGGAAGCAACAGCAUGGGAGGUAAUAAUGGCGAAGAAGAAACUAGCGACAUUGGAAUAAACCCAUCUUCGAAUAUUAAUGGAGUAGCUUGUUUAGGGCAAGAGUUCUGUUUCCAAUUUGGGCCAAGCUUUCUCAGGCUGUUGAGUUUUCAGGUAUUUGCCAUGGUGAUGACUUUUGCAGUGUGAUGGCUUGCUUUAUUGCAGCAGAGGAGAAAAGAUCUGAGACUGCCAUUUUUUUUAUGAGAAGUCACUUUUUGUCUUUGCUUUUGCUGCAACUCUGUAUUUAUUUUUGUUAGGAAUUGGAGUGGAGAAGAAGAUGUGGAGCUUUGGUUUAAAACUGGAAAGGUUUAUGUUACAGUUUAGAAAAUUAGGUGUCUUCUUUUUAUUUGGAAGUGUUGUGGUGAUGUGGUUGUAUUUAUGUGUAAUACAAUCUUCUACUUAAAUGGUGCAGUUGAUGGCGGCAAAUGAUCAUAAAAUAUUAUAUCAGUACUUUAGAUACAUUCAGAGUGUA